GCGUCAACACGUCUGGUGUGACGUCAAAUCCUCGCGAGACGUGUGGCGACUGGGUUAGUGGUGCUGCAGGAGAGGAGUCAGACGUUGUUGGCGCUGCGGGAGUGUGAGGUGGAGGAUCGGGGAGAGCGAACCAGUUGGGCAAUUCGGGAGAGUUUCGGGACACUUCGGGCGGCUCCGCCCACCACUGGGCAAUCGGAGGAGGAGCAAGUGAAGUAAGGGGCGUGUCUUGGCUGAGAGCUUAGUAUGGACUUGGGGCUCCCAGUGCUACAGUCAGAGAGUCUGGGGGGGAGCCCAGAGAUUUAAGGGCCAGUGCACCCCAUUAUUCUCCCUGACACACAAUACAACGUGCCAGCAAGCUGCAGGGAGUUUCUCAAUCUGCACAAAGUCACAGGAUCUGCUGGGAGUUGUUGGAUCCGCCGGGAGUUGUUGGAUCCGCCGGGAGUUGUUGGAUCCGCCGGGAGUUGUUGGAUCUACUGGGAGUUGUUGGAUCCGCCGGGAGUUGUUGGAUCCGCCGGGAGUUGUUGGAUCCGCCGGGAGUUGUUGGAUCCGCCCGGAGUUAUUGGAUCCACCGGGAGUUAUUGGAUCCGCCGGGAGUUUCUGGCUUUGCAGGGAGUUACGGAAGCUGCAGGCAGUUUGUGGGUAUCUAUAGACCCCCAGUUCCUAGAGGUGAUGCCCACAUGCAGGCGCUAGACAUGACGGCCACCACUGAAAAUCUGCAACUGCCAAUCACUGCAGGAAGUAACGAGGGGGAGGUGACUACCUACCUGGCUCCACCCCCUGCCCCUCCUCUUCCCCCCUCCAAAGCAGAGGUCCAGCCCAAAGCCACAAAGGAAGGGGAGGAGCAGCCCCAGGCCCCUCGGGGGCCACGCAAUGGAUUCCAGGGGAAGAGGAGGAACAGUUUCCAUGUUGGUUUGAAGCAGCCGGUUCCAUUCAAACGGCGUCGGAGGGUGAACUCUGAUUGUGACCCUGUUCUGCCCUCCAACUUCCUCCUCGGGGGCAACAUAUUCGACCCCCUAAACCUUAACAGUCUGCUGGACGAGGAAGUCAACCGCACUCUCAAUGCGGAAACCCCAAAGUCUUCGCCCCUCCCAUCCCGGAAUAGGGACCCGGUGCAGAUUCUCAUUCCUAAGGACAUUACGGAUCCACUUUGCCUCAAUGCUAAUUCCGGGGAGCUCCUUCUCUCACCCCUAAAGAGCGGCAGGAAAAGGCACAGGCACCGGCACCACCCCUCAACUGAUGCACCUUCUAAGGCUCCUGUGGGAGUGGCUGAGGAAGCAGAGCCCGCCCCCGAGGAGCCACAGCCAUAUGAACUGAACACAGCGAUUAACUGCCGAGAUGAAGUGGUGACUCUCCCAGUUCUGGAGAAUGAGCUGGUGGCCCCGUCAGUCAGUUCUUCGUCCGUAUCCAACUCCCGGCACCACAAAAGGAGGAGGACGACGAGCAAAUCCGAAGGGAAAGCUGGAAGCCCGGAGAGGGGGAAGAGCCUGUCAGCUGAGAGAUCCGCCCCCAGGCCCCACUCUCCUAAAUCUCAAGCAAAGUCUAAAGGACGAUUCCUGCAUGGGAACUAUUGCCGUUACUAUGGUUACCGGAACCCCUGCCAUUCGGAGGACCCUCGUCUUCGUGCACUCAAACCCGAGUGGUUUCUGGGUAAAUCAGUGUUGGACAUUGGCUGCAAUGUGGGUCAUGUGACUCUGUAUGUGGCCAAGAACAUGGGGCCCUCGUGUGUUGUGGGACUGGACAUUGAUGGGACGCUGAUAAACGCCGCACGCCAGAACAUUCGCCAUUACCUGUCGGAGGAAAGUAAGAAAGUCGGGGGGUUCCCAGCAGGACUGGUUGCCACUAGGGGGCCCAUUGCCGCUCCCUUGCUCCAGCCAAAACAAGGAGACGACGAGAAGAAAGUCUUUCCACACAAUGUGCUGUUUGUGCAGGGUAAUUACGUGCUGGAGAGGGAGGAGCUGGUGGAGAUGCAGCAGUCGGAGUAUGACGUUAUCCUGUGUCUGAGUGUAACUAAGUGGGUGCAUCUGAAUUCGGGAGACCAAGGACUCAAGCGCAUGUUCCGCAGAAUCUACAGACACCUGCGUCCUGGGGGCACCCUAAUUCUGGAACCCCAACCCUGGGCGUCCUAUGGGAAGAGGAAGAAACUGACUGAGUCCAUAUAUAAGAAUUACAGUAGGAUUUCGUUCAGACCGGAGCAGUUUACAACGUACCUGGUGUCCCCUGAGGUUGGAUUCUCCAGUUAUGAGCUCAUAGCGACCCCCGAGACUCGGUCUAAAGGCUUCCAGAGACCUGUUUAUGCUUUUUACAAGAGCGCCCCCUGUGCUGGGACUGAGAAUCCUCCUGCCUCCAGUGCUGCUCCUGCAUGUGGGCGGGGCAAAUAAGGAUUAACUGCCCCAUCCCACCUACCUGUUCUUUGUUUUAUUUUGUCACAAAUCUUUAUUUUUUAUGGAAAAGCAACGCAUUAUGUGUCUGCCUGAUAGCGAGACCCUUUGCAAAUAUAAUCUGGGAUUUUGGA